GUAUCCAAUCAAAUUUUAUGUAAGAAAUGACUGGUAAAUAAACAUGGCUGCGCCCAUGAGAAAUGAUUUAACUUGUGAAAUUUCCGUCUAUUUUUAAAUUUAAAAGAAUAGUCAAUACUGUAAAAUAAUAGUUAUAAUAUUAAAGUCAUGAACGGUGAAAAUAUUAAAAAAAUUGUUGUUCCAGUAGCUGUCAUUAGUGUUGCAGCCCUUUGGGUUCUUUACAAGCAUUUGAAGUCAACAGUUCAACAGUUGAAAUUUAGGGACAAAUUUUCAAGAGAGAUUCAUGUGGUUGAUACAGUAGAAAAAUGGGAGAAAAUUUAUAUAGAGCUGGUUAGAAGGUGCACAAUGAUAAAGGCUGUUGGGUUUGACUGUGAGUGGGUAUUUGUUGGUCACAGACUUCCAGUUGCUCUUAUACAAAUAGCAACUCAUGAUGGAUACUGUGUAUUGGUUAGAGUUUUCCAGCUUAAGAGUAUACCAGUUACAUUGAGGCAGUUCUUGUCUGAUAAAAGUAUUUUGAAAGUAGGAGUAGCUUCCAGAGAUGAUGGUAGAAAACUUUUGAAAGAUUAUGGUAUUAUGGUCUCGGGAUGUGUGGAUCUUCGACAUAUCUUAGCAAGAACAAGAGCAUUUCAAUGCCCAAGUCAAAGCUUACAAGGCAUAGCAAAAGGAGUUCUUGAUGUCUCAAUGGUUAAAGAUCAAACUAUUCGAUGUGGAGAUUGGGAGGCAGAACAGCUCUCUCAAGAACAGGUUUUUUAUGCUCCCCGUAGUCACAGCUUUGUCUGUCCGUUCGUUACUCUUGUCCAGGACAUAACUUUAAAACAACAAGAGGUAUCAACAUGAAACUUUGUAGGUAGAUAGAUCUCAUUGAGUAUAUGUGCAGUGCUCAAGAACCAUAACUCUGUUUUACCUAAUUUUAGAGUUAUUGCCCUUUUUUCAUUUUUACACUUUAAACUUUGUCCGGGACAUAACUCUAAAACUAUAAGAGAUAUCAACAUGAAACUUUGUAGGUAAAUAGAUCUAAUUGUGAAGAAGUGCAGUGCCUAAUUACCAUAACUAUGUCUUGCCUAAUUUUGGAGUUUUUGCCCUUUUUAGCUCACCUGUCACAAAGUGACAGGGUGAGCUUUUGUGAUCGCUUUUCGUCCGGCGUCCGUCCGUCCGGUGUCCAUCCGUCUGUCGUCCGUCCGUAAACUUUUACUUUAAAUGACAUCUCCUCCUAAACCACUAAGCCAAUUUCAUCCAAACUUCACAGGAAUGUUCCUUUGGUGGUCACCUUUUAAAAAUUGUUCAAAGAAUUUAAUUCCAUGCAGAACUCUGGUUGCCAUGGCAACCGAAAGAAAAAACUUUAAAUAUCUUCUUUUAAAAAACCCAAAGAGCUAUAGCUUAGAUAUUUGGCAUGAAACAUCUUCUAGUGAGUGUCUACCAAGUUUGUUCAAAUAAAAGCCCUGCGGUCAAAAUUGGCCCCGCCCCAGGGGGUCAUUGAUUUUCCCUAUAUGCAUAUAGUAAAAACUUGAAAAAUCUUCUUUUAAAGAACCAAAAGUGCUAGAGCUAAGAUAUUUAGCAUGAAACAUCUUGUAAUGAGUGUCUACCAAGUUUGUUCAAAUAAAAGCCCUGGGGUUAAAAUUGGCCCCGCCCCGGGGGUCAUUGAUUUUCCUUAUAUGUGUAUAGCAAAAAUUUAAAAAUCUUCUUUGAAAAAACCCAAAUAGCUAGAGUUAAGAUAUUAAGCAUGAAACAUUUUCUAGAAAGUGUCUACAAAGUUUGUUCAAAUAAAAGCCCUGGGGUCAAAACUGGCCCCGCCUCAGGGGUGUCAUUGUUUUUAACUAUAUGUGUAUAGUAAAACUUAAAAAAUCUUCUUUUAAAAAGCCCAAUUAGCUAGAGCUUAGAUGUUUAGCAUGAAACAUGUUCUUAUGGGUGUCUACCAAGUUUGUUCAAAUAAAAGCCCUUGGGUUAAAAUUGGCCCUGCCCGGGGGGGUUGGGGGUGGAGGAAGUCAUUUUUUUUUUCAUUAUAUGUGUGUAGUAAAAACUUAACAUCAUGAAACAUCUACUAAUGGGUGUCUUCCAAGUUUGUUCAAAUAAAAGCCCUGGGGUUUAAACUGGCCCUGCUCCGGGGGCCUAUAUACAGGUGAGCGACCUCAGGGCCAUCAUGGCCGUCUUGUUUUAUUUAUACACGUUGAAUAAGAGAUGUCAACAUGAAACUUUGUAGGUAGAUAGAUCUCAUUGGAUAGAAGUGCAGUGCAAAAGAACCUUAACUCUGCUUUGCCUAAUUUUGGAGUUAUUGCCCUUUGUUCAUUUUGACACUUCAAACUUUGUCCGGGACAUAACUCUGAAACUAUAAGAGAUAUCAACAUGAAACUUUAUAGGUAGAUAGAUCUUAUUAAAAUGUAGUGCAAAGAAGCAUAACACGGCCUUGCCUAAUUUUGGAGUUAUUGUCUUUUUUCAUUUUUUUUACUUUAAACUUUGUCAGAAACCAUGGGAGUUAUCAACAACAAAUUUUGUAGGUAGAUUGAUCAAUGCAAUCAAACAUUAACUCUGCCUUCCUUAACCCAUUACCGGAUAUAUAGGCCUUUUAAAGCCUUUUUCAACCCCCUCCCUCAUUUUGUUGUCUCUAAUGGUAAAAAAAUGCCUAUUAAGGCCCCCAACAAAUGUUUUUGUUUGAGAAAUGUUUAAAAAAGUGACAACUUUUUUGGCGCCGCCCCCUAUCCAAAAGAUACAUCAAGGGGUUGCCAGAAAUGGGAUGUGCCCCCUUCUGUUUAGGGGUUUGAAGGGGGCACCAGCCCCCCUCAUCGCCAAGAAAAUUUUGGACAUGUGACAGGUGAGAGGCUAAAAGUGACCCCAGCCUGAUCAUAAGGUAACGUGUAACCAAUGCUGAAAAGCCUUUGACUCUAUCGAAAACCAUUGUGAUGUUGCAGCACUAUGAAAUCAAUUUUGAUUGAAAAAAUCAACGGAAAAUAGUGAUUUUUGGCAAUGUUGAGAUGUCCCCUCAUUGCCAUGGUAAUAAGAAAUUUAAGACUGAGCAUGUUGUUGCAAAGGCAAUGGUCCAGUCAACAUUUGUGCCAAGUUUGUUAAGAAUUGAAGCAGUUUUAUAGCAAUUUGAACUUGUAACGGGAGACUUUUCAAUGAAAACAGCCAUUUUUCACAAAAUGCUCAUGCAGUAAUGGGUUAUUUUGGAGAAAUUGCCCUUGGUCCAUUUUUAGCUCGACUAUUCGCAGAAUAAUCGAGCUAAUGCAGUCACCUAUUUGUCGGCGUCGGCGUCGGCGUCCCUGUGGUUAAGUUUUUGUAUGUAAGCUGGUAUCUCCAUAACUACUGAAGGGAAUGGAUUGAAACUUCACACACUUGUUCUCUGUGAUUAUCUAAGAUGAUUGGCACAAGUCCCAUAACUCUGAUUUGCUUUUUUCAUAAUUAUGCCCUUUUUCGACUUAGAAAUUCUUGGUUAAGUUUUUGUAUGUAAGCUGGUUAUCUCCAUAACUAAUGAAUGGAAUGGAUUGAAACUUCACACACUUGUUCUCUGUGAUUAUCUAAGAUGAUUGGCACAAGUCCCAUAACUCUGAUUUGCUUUUUUUCAUAAUUAUGCCCCUUUUUCGACUUAGAAAUUCUUGGUUAAGUUUUUGUAUGUAAGCUGGUAUCUCCAUAACUACUGAAGGGAAUGGAUUGAAACUUCACACACUUGUUCUCUGUGAUUAUUUAAGAUGA